AUGUCUACAAGACAAUACCCAGGUCUUUUGAAGGUACCUAUCGUAGGCUCCAUAUUUCAACAAGCCAGCAACAAUCGCCGGACGCGCGAUGACGACAGGGCUUUGCUAGAAGACGAUCCGCUAAGUAUUCAGCUUGAAACUAUCGAGCCCACUCCACGCUCAGCUCCCGGGCGGCCAGCGAUAGCAGCAUGGAACCGUCAUUACAACGACUCAAGGAGGAAUAGGUCAUGUCAGCUCAUUAUCUUCGUUACCAUACUGGCAGGACUACUGUUAGCAAUAUUAUUGCCUCGCAAACACCCAUCCACUCCUAUUAUCAAUGACGAUUUAUUGCCAUGUGGUAAUUCAAGAUACUCAAUUAACGACCAUACAUGCUACCAAGGUAAUUCCUUGUGUCCGGUCAUUGAUAAAAAGCGCACAUUGAAGUGUGGUAAUGAUUGCUAUUUACCUCACGACUUUUCUUGCAAUAAUAGAAAGUUGGUUCAGGUUCAGACCCCCGACUCGGGCGGAAAACCCCCAGCUCAAGACACUAAUCGGGAGGCGUGUACACCUAAUUAUCUCCACCUAAGUGAUCCUCCUUAUGAGAAUUACUUCAUUUCCGACUGCAGUAGUGCAAGCCAUGUCGUCAUAACAAGCCCUCUUGCUAAUAGUGAUCCCAAGAUCAUUAAUCCGAGACUUCUUAUUGCUUGGCCUGCUGGGAACAGUGGCAUUGUGGCUUAUUUCUCGCCCGUAAAUGGUCUCAACGGAACGCUCGGCAUAGGGCUUGAGAACAUUGCCCGCACAAAUCGCACCUUAAAUCCGCUUGUCGGCGGCGUGACUGGCGUCCUAACCCUUAACUCGUCGGCAAUACUUGACCUGGCCAUUUUGGGGAGCAUCAGGACCAUAAGGGAGUUUAUAGAAGGUCCAAGUACCCUUUCGCCUAAGAUCCAGGAUGCGAUUAAGACUCAGCAACUGCCCGAUGGAGGCAUCCAGCUCAAUCGGCAGUGGCUCGACAAGACGACAGAGACAUUCUUGACAUUCCACAGCCUUAAUCAGACAUCAAUCUCUAUUCAGGAUGGCCAUCCUCACUUUCAAAACGGCUCGUACAUCUUUAAUGCAUGGUCCAACUAUCCUCAACUUGACCAGCUCGGAACGAUGGACGUAAUUAACUCCGCCUCCAAAUCUUUAAUCUCGCAAAAUGAAGAGGACGUCAAGUCUCUUACCUUCCUCUCCUAUAGUACGAAAUUACUUGCCGGUGCUUGGAGAUUCCUAACAUAUUUUGGGCGUGAUAGUCUAAUCUCGCUUCUUCUCCUGCAGCCUAUCCUUAGCGAGGGGGAUGGUGGAGCGGUGGAGGCUAUUCUAGAGGCGGCCGUUGAGCGUAUCAACGCAAAAGAUGGCACUGUAUGUCAUGAAGAGACUAUCGGCGACUACGCUUCGAUAUUGAACGAACAGCAAGGCAUUGACAGCACAGACCCCUCGUGCGAUUACAAGAUGAUUGAUACCGAUUUCUUCCUUUUAAUUGCCAUGAAUGAAUAUUUCGUCAAUUCCGCCAUCGGAAGAACUCGUCGGGACAUAUUCUUUGCUAGAAAAGCAUCAGUCCUCCCCGGAAAUCGUGGACUGGGUUAUGAAAAUCUUAUUCUAGCGACUGCGGAGAAGAUCAUGAAGUUGACCGCCGGCUUCGAGCAAUCUCCCGUGAAGGAGAACCUCAUUCAUCUCAAUAAGGGUCAAGCAGUGGGACAGUGGCGUGAUAGUGGUAAUGGGUUAGGCGGAGGCCGUAUACCGUACGACGUGAACACAGCCCUAGUCCCUGCGGCGCUCAGAUCGAUCGCAUCGUUAUCGAAUAAUGGUUUCUUCCCUUCGCAUGUCGACUGGGAAACGGUGGCCGGCAAGCGUGCUGUAGUUUGGGAAGACAAUACGCUUUCUUUCUUCCAAGUUAAUAUAACAGCAGAAAAGGCUCAAGGUCUCAUCAAGGACUACAUCAAAGUGUCGGGAUUUCCAGGUGAUGUCAAAUUUUCUGAUUUGAACUCGCCGGUCGUGUUUCACGGUCUAGCCCUUGAUGGCAAAAGCCGUGAACCUAUCGUGAGGGUCAUGAACACGGAUGAUUGCUUCCGGCUCUUCCUUCUCAACGGCACCGACCAGACCCAACUCUCGGCUUUUCUUUCUCAGGUGGCCGACAACAUACUGCGUCCCUUUCCUCUCGGUCUUUCUACGGCUGUCGGAUUGGUGGUUUCAAACCCGGCAUACGGAGAGGGAUCUGUCGACGUAAGAGAAUUCGCAGAGACCGCAUAUCAUGGCACGGUCGUCUGGGGUUGGCAACUUGCCAUGAUGGCUGCAGGGUUGGAGAAGCAGCUCGGUCGGUGCGAAUUCGAGAAACUGGCGUUUUGUACUUCGACUGUGCUACACGGACGUGUUCUUGAAGCGUACAAUCAUCUAUGGGACCUAAUCGAUGCCAAUCGUGAGCACUUAAGCAGUGAAGUCUGGAGUUGGACCUACCAAGACGGCAGCUUUCAUUACACACCUAUGGGAGCCCUGUCACCCCCGGAAGGACAGAGCCCAGUUGAAAGUGAUAUUCGCCAACUUUGGAGCCUGACGUUCUUGGCAGUAAAGAGAAACAAUGCGUAUUCCAGGGUUUCCUAG